AGGAGGUGUGCUCCCCACCCCCAGGGAACAGGUUAUGUCCAGAGGCUGGCAGUGCCCAGGGUUGGGGUGAGGCUGCUGCUUGGAGCACCUGAAGGACUCUUGUCCAAGGGAGCAUGAAUUCUUGGCAUUCUCUGUGAUGGAGAUGGGGGCAGGGGAGAGUGUGCAAGCCCCACCUAGGGCCGUGGCCACAGCAGGGAAGGGGGCAGACAGAGCCAGGAGCCCGGGAAGGAGGCAGGAUGGCAGCAGAGACAGCAGCUGGAGCCUGGGUGCUGGUCCUCAUUUUGUGGGGGGCAGUAGUAGGUGGCCAAAAUAUCACAGCCCGGAUCGGGGAGCCACUGAUGCUGAGCUGUAAGGGGGCUCCCAAGAAACCACUGCAGCAGCUGGAAUGGAAGCUGAACACAGGCCGAACUGAAGCUUGGAAGGUCCUGUCUCCCCAGGGAGACCCCUGGGACAGUGUGGCUCGAAUCCUCCCCAACGGCUCCCUCCUGCUUCCCACUAUUGGGAUCCAAGAUGAGGGGACUUUCCGGUGCCGGGCAACAAACAGGCAUGGAAAGGAAGUCAAGUCCAACUACCGAGUCCGCGUCUACCAAUUUCCUGGGAAGCCAGAAAUUGUGGAUCCUGCCUCUGAACUCACAGUUGGUGUCCCCAGUAAGGUGGGGACAUGUGUGUCUGAAGGAGGCUAUCCUGCAGGGACCCUUAGCUGGCACUUGGAUGGGAAACCCCUGAUUCCUGAUGGAAAAGGAGCAACUGUAAAGGAAGAGAGCAGGAGACACCCUGGGACAGGGCUCUUUACACUCCAGUCGGAGCUGACCGUGACCCCGGCCCAGGGCGGACCUGCCCAUCCCACCUUCUCCUGUAGCUUCAGCGCAAGCCUUCCCAGGCGCCGAGCCUUGAACACAGCCCCCAUCCAGCCCACCGUCAGGGAGGGUGUCCAGUUGGUGGUAGAGCCAGAAGGUGGAGCAGUAGCUACUGGCGGGACUGUGACCAUGACCUGUGAAGUCUCUGCCCAGCCCCUUCCUCAUAUUCACUGGAUAAAGGAUGGCAUGCCCCUGCCCUUCCCCCCAAGCCCGGUGCUACACCUCCCUGAAGUAGGUCCUCAGGAUGAAGGUACCUACCGCUGUGUUGUCACCCACCCCAGCCACGGGACUCAGGAAAGCCGAGCCGUCAGCAUCAGUAUCACAGAAACAGGCGAAGAGGGGUCAACUGCAGGCUCUGUGAGUGGGUCAGGGCUGGGAACCCUAGCCCUGACCCUGGGAAUACUAGGAGGCCUGGGUGUAGCCGCCCUUCUCAUUGGAGUCUUAAUGUGGCGAAGACGACAACACAGAGGAGAGGAGAGGAAGGUACCAGAAAACCAGGAGGAUGAGGAGGAGCACGCAGAGCUGAAUCAGUCAGAGGAGCCUGAGGCAGCAGAGAACAGCGCAGGAGGGCCUUAAGGGACUUUGGACAGACCCCAUCCGUCAGCUCCCUUGAGCUGUACUCACCCCUAUACAAUCUCUUUCCCAUCUCGCCACACCUUCUUCCACAAUCAGUGCCCCCCCCACGAAC